GGAGAGGAUGAGAAGAGCAGCUUUGCCGUGGGGUUGGGAAUCAGACAUAGGGGUCAUGUGCUAUUGCUCUGACUUCAACCACAUAAAACAAUUUCACAGCUUUUUGCAGCUAUUCCAAAAUUCAGGUUUUAGCAUGUUAUGUGGGAUAGUAUACCUUCUAGUGAUGCACAUGUCCUAAGGACAAAACUAGUAGACAUAACAGAGUAGAAAUGGGCCCACUAAUACCCGACAAACCAAACUUCCUCUAAAAUAAGAGAAAGCCUGCUGAACUCCCUUUCCCCCACUUUUUGCAGAAUAUGGGUUCAUGCGUAUGUGAGCAAAAAAGGGUCCUGCAAUUUCCAGGAUUCCCUUUGUAUCAAGAAAUCCCCAUUCUGCAUAAUUGGAGGAGAUGCUGAAAGCCGGAACACAUAAUGACAUCAGUGACUGGGGAACAGAGCUAUUAAAAGUCAGUAAUUUCUGCCUAAUUUCCUACAAAGAUUGGUGUGUACCAGGUGGCACAUAACAUAGGUGGUCAGCUCACUGUGUGCAUUCAUUCAGGAUGGCUGAGACACAGGGGACACUAAUUAAGUUGCAGAGAAGAACUGGAGCCAGCUCAUCAGGCAGGUCAGUAGGUCUCAUUCAGCCAAGCACCAGUUCCUCUCUAAGCAGUUCUUAGUAAGACUGAGAGCUUAAAGUAAUGCUGCAUGAAAUCACACAAGGCAGGUUAUGCCUUCUUUUCUUUAAAUUCAAACUGCUUAAAUUGAUCUGUGCAUCUGGCCACACUGGCUGGCUGCUCAGAGUGUGCCCAGCAGAGCUAUGGGUGCGGGGGCUCAGCAUCAGACCUCUCAGAGAGGCCGGUAUUGCAGAGGUUGGAAGGCUGAGCCACCUCCCUUCCCUGGUGCCCAACAAUCUGCCAGAGCCCUUUGGAUUCAACUUAGAAUUUCUUACUUCAUCCUUCUUCAAAAUAUUUACUUUUUCUUAUUACACAAAGAAGAACAGAACUACAUACAAAGUUGAAGCAAAUCAGACAAAAAAUAAAUAGCUGUGUUUAAAUAUCAGAUGGAAACAAAUUUAUCUUUUCCAAGCCAAAAAUCAAAAUUUUUGUUCUAAUGAUACAUCAGCAAGAAGACAGUGACAGAAAAUCCAGUGCCCAAAGAUGAAAGGAAUGUGAAUGGAAGCAACCACAGGAUUAAUAGCUUCUUAUUUCUUUCUGCACUGAAAAAGUUUGAGGAUUUGGGGCAUAAUACUUAGGAUUAAUUUGCAUUUCCUACUUCCAAGAAGUGCUGACAGCUACAGAAUAAUGUGACUUUUAAUAUUCCCACCCUGAGUACCAUGCCUGCAUUUGUAAAACUGCUCUAAAAAGUUAGUUUUACUGGCAAAUAUGGAUAAGGCUUAUAAAUCUUUUCUUUUUCCUGUAAAUGUCGCAAUAAGCCCGAUCUACAAGUCUGAGUAAAGUAGAGAGUGGAUAUUUGAGUGACAGGAAAACACAGUGCCCCGUAUUUGAAAGGUCUUCAGUCUCUGCAAGUGCUUUGAAGUAAAGAAGUGAAUGCUUGGCUGCUUGGCUCAGCUUCAGAUACAAAGAGCAGCAGUAGUUCAUACAGCUCAUAGAAACACAGUUAAUAUGUCUAGAAGUGAUAAUUUCUGUAGUAAUAGCAAAUCUUUUACUAAUAUUCUUGUAGUAAUAGUGUUCUGUUACUUUCCGUUCGGCUAAUUGCUCACUGUCCCUGUCCCAGCCACUAACCAGAUUACACAAUCUAAGGAAAAUUAGCUUAAUAAAGCAUAAAGUGAGCGCACCAUUACAGCCCUCUUUCAGAGCGCACAAAACAGUACAGCAGAAGACAAAAACCCAUCACAGCUGCCAGCAGCUCUCAGUUAAACGUCCCCACAUCAGCCAGGGGAACACUGACAUUGAACAUACAGUUUUUAUGCCUAUUUGUUAAGGAUUGUUUUAUGAGAAUAUGUCUGCAUUCAUAAACACCUUUGAGCUGACAAUACCACCAAGUCAAUGCAUGCCAGUAAGUGGGGACAGAUAGGCAAAGAGAAAACACAUCUGACCAAACAGUGUUGAGGCCCCAUGGCUCGGUGCGGCGUGGGCAGUUCUGCACAGAGCAGUGCCUCCACUUGGAGCUCUGCAGCACCGAGGACCUCAGUUUGCAUUCCAAGAAUGGUGCAACAAUGCCCAGGGAAAUCCCUGCUGUGUAGUGUGUAAAUGGUUAAGCAGCAGCAGAAACGUGCCUGGUGGAAACACAUCAAUCCCUGCUUUGAGAAGGCACAAACAACUGAAUGCUGCUGCCAUCCUUUGAAUAACACUUGGCUUUGACUCUGCACCAGCAGCCUGCUGUCAACUAAAGGAACUGGUUGCUGCAGCUUGUACAGCAUGAGAAAUGAAGUUUACUGUGUACGUGUGAACUUGGCAUUUACAUUGAUUCAUAGGUGAUCUGUAAUUGUCCAAUUUAGCAAUCAGUAGAUGUUUGCAAACAACUUGGGUAGUCUGUUGGCUUGCUGAUGUACAUAGUAAUGUAAAUCUGCAGCAGGCAUUAGUUUGCAUUCCUCAACUGACUUGGAGCUGCAUCAGCACCUGACAGCAGAGCCCCAAGAAGGGAGUGUACACGGGUGUCCUGCACCUUAGUCAUUCUCUUCCAUUCUUGUCAUUGCACAAUUUCUUUCACCUUUACGCUAAUUCUAUUUGUUCUUGCCAAGUGACUGAGCUCUUGAAACACUUUUUAAAUCUUAAAAGUUGCAAUAUUCGUAGUGCUGUGAAUGGUGCAUGCUCUAACAUCAUGGACAGCCAGCCUAAAAUAUGCUAUCCAUGUAAAAAGUUGAUCUCUACUAUGGAUAGACAGACCUCUUCUUGGGAGCAAGUUACCCUACUGCUUUGCUCUCAAGGUUUUUGUGCUUUCCUUUGAAGUAUCAACUACUGCCCCCUAUUAGGGAAAGAUUCUCUUCGAGAUGGUCCGAAGACAAUCCCCUGAGUUUCUACCUGAAGCACAUCCUGCCCUUAGGUUAUUAUCUAUCAGCGUCAUUGUUCACAGACUUGUUGGCAGACAAGGGAGAGAUUGUAACAUCCACAAAACUCGGGAGUGAACAAACAGCAGUGUGCUGUCAGAUGCAACCCCAUGUGCAGCCUAGGUAAUGCAUCUCAGAUGAAGAAUUAAACAAUAGAGGUGUUGGCAGAAAACAGUCUCUUUUUGCCUUUCUUGGGUUGACCAUUAUCAUAAUGUCAAAUUGCUUGCAGUAAAGAUGUUUAGCCGUGAGGCUUUUUGGAGACCUCCAAGAAAGGAGGUCUCCAAAGUACUGCUUUCUGUGUCACUCUCCUUAUUAGAUUUAAAUUAAAAUGUUCAUUUUAACUUCCAUCUAAACAAAAAUUGCUUUGCCAGAAGGCCGAGGCCUCACUUUUAUGACACAGACCUUUCCAGGAGAAGCUGCAGGGAGCUCCUGCUCAGACAGACUCAGCAGUGGACACCGUGCAAUAGCACAACUCCAGCUAAGCAGCCAACACGAGGCAUCUUUCCCACUGCACUGUGUUGAGGUAUCUUUCUAAGAAGCUUUCAGAACUGCCUGGGAGCAGGGGGGAACUAGUCCUUCUGUGUUUGAAACUAAAAGCCAUGAUAGCUGAAUAUUUUGCUAAAAUGUUCAAAUGCUUUCCACAAAUUUAUUUGUAAGAUUCUUAUCUAAAACUGUGCAGCCUUUUUCCUGAAAAGGUUUGUUUUAAUGAUGCACCACUGAUUCUCCUACCGGAUGCUAAUACUUCUCACCUCACAAUUCAGAUGAGUGCUAUGGUGAUUAAUGAAUGUCUUUGAACUGGAAAGUGCUACCUUCGUGCUAAUUGUUAUCUGUAUAUACACACAGUUCUGCUGCUUUCAAGGGCAGAACAUUCACAUACCAUUGUAACGGGAAAGCUUGGAAAAAUGCAUAUUGAUGCAUAGGAGUUUUAUGCGCUGCAGAAACGUAUAAAGGAAGAAUAAAUUAACAGUUAGAUGUUUCAACUCAUUAUGGCAUGUUCUGGUGAACUGCUCCCCAUCUGUUUAAUAAGUUCAGGGCAGCUGAAAAUGGAGUUUUGAUUGGAAGCUGCUUGCAACCUUAUCUUCUUGCACUCCCAGUAACACUAAUAAGAAUUAUAAAAUAUUAUAUCUUUUUGCCUAUUAUGAGGAGCACAGCUAAAGUAUGUGACUACGAAUGCAAAGUAUAAGUUGAAGGCUGCAGAUUUGUGCAAAACUCUCUGGGGCUCUGUGUGCACCAGUCCAGAGCUCCCACACACAGCAUCCUUCUCCCUCAUACACCUGAUGAGGCAUUGCCUGAAGAAACUGUUAGCUGAUGCUCCACUAACAUUUUUCUUUUUUCUUUUCCUACUUCAUUUUUUUUAAUCUGAUCUAUCUUUUAAAUCAUGGGAUUUAACUACAAACAAUAUUUUCAAUUGAAGACACUUCAUUCACAUGUAUCAGUUGAUGCCAACUGCUCUUGCAGCUCUCUGACCAGCCUGGGAGUGCUCGUGAAGUGCACGCUCAGCAUCCAUAGAACAGUUGUUCCCAUUCACUAGGUUUACUCUCCUAGGACAUGUUAAUUAAAAACAACUGAUUGAAAAAAUAAUUACAGGAGACUAGAGAUGGGAAAAGCCUAGACCCAUAAAUUAAAGAUCUCUGAAAUUGUGUUUUGUCGAGAGGUACUAAUUUUGUUAGGGGCAAGAGGCUCUCUUUCCUUCUUGGACUCACUCUACAUUCGCUCUUUGCAAAGAUGAGUGACCAGGGAAUGACAGUAGUGUUUCUUUAGAGUUGUAUCAUUACAUGUGGCCUUCUGUCAAUACAUGCUUCCAUCUAGCCUUCAUUACUGCUGCAUCGUGAGGUGUCUAAACUAAAAGGCUAUGUGAUCCUUAACACAGAUGUCCUAUAGGAUAUGGAAUAAUAUAAACAUCAUAACCGUUAAAAACUGCUACCGUAGCAUUUCUUGCACUAAUUAAAAACUGGCUAGGGACCUUCGUUCUUGAUACCGCCUUUACUUCAAACAAAAACAUUUCAACAAAUCAUAAAGUGAAAGUGGUUUAGCAUUUUAAGCUAAUAAUAAUUGUUUUAGAAGCCCAUAUUUGCUCAAGGGUGUAAUUCAUUCAAAAAACAACCUUAAAACUCAGCGUUACGCAAAUAAAAAAACUUAGUUAUUAGGGAAUAGAUAUUUUUAAGCUGCUGUCUUUCAAAUUAUGAUCAUGCAUUUCUUGCCAGCUCACAUUCCCAGCAGAGAGGAACAGUACCACUGACCCCAGCUCAGGGCUGGGAGACACUUCAAUUCCCUGCUCUGUUACAGCCUUCCUGUAUAAUCUUGGGCAAGAAAUUUAUCUCUUUCCUUUCCUGUAAAACUGGGGUAGUAGAAUUCUCCUCCCCACGGGCAUGCAGAGAGCGUAAGUAGGUUAGAAAAGGUAAAUGUUUAUAUCAGGGAACUAAACAAUUCCUAGAAAGCUCUGACUGCGUGGUUUUACAAAAUGAUGCUCUGAUUUUGGUGCUGUAGCACCUUGUCACAGGUGAUGUGAUCCUAAGUACCCAUUUAUCCAAACCACUGACUAUUUAGUAUGGACACCUUCUGCAGUAAACUCAAGGCAGAGUUAUUCAUGUUCCCUAAUUGCUUGCAUAUAACGGCAGUGGUUGGAAUUAUAACACAGUUGCUCUGAAGGCUAAUCCUUCCCUAAUCUGGCUCCACUGGAGCUUUAGAGUUAGUAUUUGAUCCUUAAAAUGUAUAUAUGUUUGUAAGAAAUAUAUGUGUGAAAAAAAAACCAAAAUAAACAAACAAAAAAAAGCAACCCAUCCAUGCAUCCACAUGCACGUAACACAUAUAGAUGGAGUUAUACAAGGACCCACAUGGAUUCAGCUUUGCUAGUGCUGAAAAGUGUAGCUUCAGUUUCUCUUGGUUUUACUUUUAAAAAAGGCAUAAACGUUUGAGGGAAAAAUAAUUAAAAAUACACAGUUAACCUCCGCCAUCAUUUUUAACAGAAAGUAAAGCUGCAUUUGCCUAUAUAUAGACAGAACUUAGUGAUGCUUAGCAUUCAUAUAAGAUACAAGCAUCCAUCAACGUUCCUGGCCUCAAGCCUACCUCUGGCUGCUCUACACACUGAAUAAACAAACACAGUUGCCACUAAAUAACCUUAUCAGUCAGUUUCAAAAAUGACUUCACCGGAACUGCAAAAGUGGUGUUCUUUUUUUGGUGCAUUUUAGACAUUUAGAAAACAAAUACCCUGCAGAGAAUUAAAAACCAGCUAUGGAAACCAUGAAAAGCAAAAGAAGUUGCCUCUAACACCAAAUGUUCCAGGCACAUCAAGAAAUCUUUAAAGACUUUUCCUGGAAUAAUUACUUUGAAAUAUCACCUUUCCACAACCCAUCCUCCCUGCAGGCUAAUGUAACACAAGCUUUCUGUACCUAAAACCUCUUUUGUAAAUAAAGACCACCUUCAGAAACCUUUACACCAGCUCACAUUUCCAAUUAGAAAUACAAUAAAAGCAAAGUGACUCCUGCAAUCUGUUGCUGUUCUCCAGCUGGGGUCCUUGUGGUAAAUAAUCUGCUGAUCAGAAAUGUGGUUAUGUUUGCUGGGAACCAGUUUCAGUGCCUGUACUUUAAUGGACCUUCCUACAUGUCACCAAAAAAUGUAUGGCCAGCACACAUGCGUGGCAAAAGUAUUUCUUUUAAUUAAUACAGCAGUUGGCACUGCUAAUGAUUGUUUUGUUGUUUUUUUUUUUUUUUGCUCACAUUCUUCCAUCUAUUCACUUCUUAACUCUUACCAGAAUGGGUACUGGUUCCAAUGGGACUAUUUGUGUGCUUAAAAUGAAGUAUUUGCCUUAGGACUGUGUGCAGUCAGAGGUUUAGAAUCAUAUACACGGUGCCCAUCUGGGACUGACUAGUCCUGCUGCUGUUUUCCUGAAAUGGCACGUAACUGCAAGUGUUAGAGCCAGCCAGGAGAACUGCAGAACCGAGCCCAGAAAUCUGUUCAGAGUUCCCUGGGGAAGAGAGGCAGCAGCUCCAGUGUUCCUGCAGCCAGCCAGCUUGCUCCCUGCGCUCUGCCUGCUGGUGCUUUGUGCAGCCCCAUGAAAGGUGGCCCAAGCACUGUGACCAGCAUUUCUCUUUGGAAAUCAAUACACCCAUGGAGCUUUUGCAACGGGCUGUGUAGCAACCUGCAGUGCCCCACUCCAGUUCAACUAUUUUCCUCAAGGCUGAAGUAGUAGGCAGCUGCCAGUUCUUGGUCACUCUCCGCAUGUUUGACAUGCAAGGUACUAUGUGUGUUAUCUUUUAUCCCCAUAUUAUCUCACUUCAUGGUUUUCACAUUGCUUAAUCAGUGCAAAAUAAAAAGUGACAUACGAUUCACUCAAAAGAAACUAUUAAGAGGGUUUCUCUGCAAAUUACAGUCAUGGCAUGAUCGCUUUUCCCAAGUCAUAUUUCUGAUGAUAUUCUACACUGUACUUUCAACAUGUUAAAAACAGUGACGUAUAAUUAAAGACAAACUGGUAGGGCUGAAAUUGACUGGAUGACUGCAAUUUACUUACCGAAGAAAUACUAACGAAAUCAGUUGUCUGAUCUAAAAAAGAACUUCAAUCAACUAAUGUACCUUAAACAAUAUAUGUUGUGUGGGUAAAGUUUUAGAGGGUUUUGUUUUACCUUUUGUAGGUAUGUUACGCCAGACUUCCAGAUGAGAGGACGAGACUAUGAGUGAAGAGCGCUCUGGAGAUUGCGUGCAGUUCUUUUCCUGGGUCCAAAUUGGAUUGAUCUGAGAACAAUAAUUAUGAGGCUGACAUGUAUGUUCUCCUUCAUCUUGCUGUUUGGAGCAGCUGGGCUUGUUGUCUUCAUUCACCUGCAGGAUCCAGAAGAAAUAGUUCAUCAGCAGACACCAGGGAUAAAAUAUCACAUGGGAUUCCAGCAACCAAAAAAAGACUGCAUUUCCAGCAAAAACCAGGAUAGAAGAUUAAGAAAAAGUACUGCAGACGGAGUAGCAACAGUAAGGCUGAGCGGUUCAUUACACCCAUCUGAAAACGUGCCCUCCAAGCUUCAAAGCACAGACAGGAGGCAAAGCAGCACAACGUUUAUUAAAGAUUAUCAAGAGAAAGGUGAGGAAACUAAUUCAAUAAGGCUCCAUAAACGGAGGAGGAGGUUUGUAAUUAAGAAGAGCCCAAUUCUGAUUUCCAUGAACAGUUCCACUGUCAACUUGCCCACACUUAAAUCUGACGACAGAAAUAACAAAUGGAAAAGUCUUUACCAGAUACAAAGCAAAAGAAAGCAAAUAAUGAAGGAAACUUGUUCUAAGUACAAGAGUAAUAACAGAAGAAUAAUCACUCCUUAUCACGUUUCUAGAAUAUUUGUAGAAGACAAAUACAGAGUUUUAUACUGUGAAGUACCAAAAGCUGGCUGCUCUAACUGGAAACGGGUGCUCAUGGUUCUCAAUGGGCUGGCUUCUUCCACUAAAGAUAUACAACACAACACAGUGCACUAUGGCAACUAUCUAAAAAGGCUGGAUGGGUUUGAUCGCAAAGGAAUUUAUCACAGGCUCAACACUUACACAAAGAUGCUUUUUAUUCGCGAACCUUUUGAAAAGCUGGUAUCUGCCUUUCGGGACAAGUUUGAACAUCCCAACAAUUACUAUCAUCCUGUAUUUGGAAAAGCCAUCAUUUCCAGAUACCGUGUCAAUGCCACCAAGGAAGCAUUAAGGACAGGCUCCGGGGUCAAAUUUAAAGAGUUCAUUCAAUAUCUCCUGGAUGUACAUAGGCCAGUGGGUAUGGACAUCCACUGGGAUCACGUCAAUAGGCUUUGCAGCCCGUGUCUAAUAGAUUACGACUUUGUUGGGAAAUUUGAAAGUAUGGAAGAAGAUGCAAACUUUUUCUUGCACCUAAUUGGUGCUCCACAAAAUUUGACUUUCCCUAAGUUCAAAGAUAGGCACUCCAACGAAGAAAGAACUACCACUAAAAUCACACAACAGUACUUUGCACAGCUUUCUCCCUCUCAAAGGCAACGAAGUUAUGACUUUUACUACAUGGAUUAUUUGAUGUUUAACUACUCAAAACCUUUUGAAGAUUUAUAUUGAUUUGAGUGCUGGGACACUUCCCGUAUCAGUUGAACUUCAUUACAAACCCAGGCGGCUUCUGUUUAUACACACCUGUCUGUUAGUAAGAAUUGGUCAAAGAACAGGAAAACAAACCCAAAACAGAACAUAAGUGGUUAGUGAUGUUUACACCUUCACCUUAAAUGCCUCCUUUUUCAAAUCAUUUAUGAAGUGUAUGUACAUACAUGUAUAAUAUAACUAUAUGUCAGGGCUCCCAAAUAAAGCACAUGAUUUUC